GGCACGCUCAAGGCGCGGCCGAUGGUGCUGCCCGACAAGUACAUCGAGGCUGGCUCGAUGGGCGAGCAGUACGAGGAGGCGGGCCUCUCCCAGAGGUUCAUAGAGGCGACGGCGCUGCGGCUGCUGGGCAAGCCCGUCAGCAUGGGCUCCUCCUCACUCGCCGACGAGGAGCCAACCAUCGCGUGA